AUGAGUUCAUUAACGCCUCAAGUAACUUAUACUUAUAUACUUAUACUGUUUGUACAUAUUUUUAUUUAUAUGUAUUACUAUUUUACUGUUUAUAUUAAUUAUUACUAUAAUACAACGGAAAAGACCAUUAAUUUAAUUGUUAAGUAAAUCUGACUGGGGAGGUACUUUAAGAAGGUCAUUUUUUGAUUUUCCCAAGAGUUUUCCCACCAAAUGUAGAAAUCCGGGAAAAACAUGGAAAACCCGAAAAAAACAGGAAAAUCGGUACAACAUUAAACAAAUAUUAUAAAAGAAAAUAUGUAAAACCUAUUAAAUUAUUUUACUAUAAAAUGAUAUGUACUGUUGACUUAGCAUCACUAUUAACUGAGCUCCGCUGAGAAUCAUUUAAUAUAUCAUGCAUUUACAGGUUCUGAGGGACGAAGAUUGAAUCCUUAAUUCUUUAGUAUAAGCGCCAUAGGCGGAACAACCACAAGGUAUGCUAACUAUACUACGGAUAUGUUUUAACACAGGUACCAUAUAUGGAUCUGGAUUAAUCAACCAACAAUAAUUUAUAAUUCCAUACAAUUUAUAUUUUUAUUUUAAAAAUCGAAUCGAUUCUAAUAAUAAUUAACUUUUUUACUGUAGUUGGCUGCAAUAAACGAGGAAAAACGUAUAAAAGAUAGGAUAAUUUACGAAAAAAAUGCUUUUAUUAUUUUCGAUUUUGUUUUUUGUUGUUAUUCAGUACCGCACUCUGCUCAGAAUCGUUUUUCGUUGGAAAAGAUUAAUCCUAGAGUAAUAUAUUUUUAAAACAAAAACAUAAGUUUCAUGGCUUUUUAAAUUAUUGUCGUCUGUCGGUAUUUUAGUUGUGUCGGUUCAUUGUAUAUUGGUCGAAUGAUUGUCGGUCGAUUGUCCAUCUCCCAUCCUAAACAUAUAUAUUGUCCAGAUUGUUUUCAAAUUCAGGAAAACUUAUUUUUCAUUUAUUAUAUAAAUUAAUAUCUAGCCAAAUAAAAAUAAUGAUAAUAAUAAAAAAACAUUAUUAUUACGUGUAUUGAUAACAUUUCAUAAAAAUAAUGAACUCAAAUAAAAAAGAUGGACAUACUUCGCACAUAAGUGGACCAUUGUUGCAGGUGAGAACUUGGGAAGUAAGUAGAGGAGAAAUUUAAUGUAUAACGAUAAAUCAUUGCUGGCGAAAAAAAUAAUUCUGAGCGGAGUUCAGUUGAUAGUGUGCUUUGUCAACAAUAUAUAUAUGUCAUAUUAUGGUAAAAUAAUGAAAUGGGCAUUAUAUAUUUUCUAAUUUCUUUAAUAAUAUCAGUUUAAUAUUUUACGUAUUUUCCCGUUUCUCCUAUUUAUUGCAAAAACUCCUAAGAAAAUCAAAAAUAACCUUCUUAAGUACCUCCUCUGUCCGAUUUCAAUUCAGAAAAGGUGCUAUACUUAAAAAUUGGAGCUAGAUUUCUAAUAGAAAAGUUGUCCACAGAAAAAAAAAAAUAAAAAAAUAAACAUCAUUGUAAAAUCAUAAGCUUCUUCGCUCCACUCAGAAUUUUUCAAAUAAAAAAAAUCACUUUAUUUAUUUAUUUGAACAACCAAAUCAAUCUUUAAAAUAAAUCUCGUAUAUAUUAUAGCGUAUAGUUAAGACUGUUAGGAACACAACCUAAAACUAAAGUAUUGCUCCACCUAUAACACGUGUCUGUAAAUUAAGGUACCAAAUAAAAUAGUUUAGUAGGCUGCAGUAGAUUGCAUGGCAUUAUAAAUUAUUGUCGAUAUUUUAAAUGUAAUUAUUCUAAUUAUUUUUGUAAUAGGUGAUGUUCAAUGUAGAACCUGUGUCUCCCACAUUGACACUCGGAGAAGGUCCCCAUUGGCACCCGCCGACUCAGAGUUUAUAUUUUGUCGAACUAUUUCAAGGAAAAAUAAACAGAUAUCACCCGGAAACAAACGGUUAUUUUAGUGCCUCAAUAGGUAUGUAUGUACGAAAUCUAAGUGCGUUUUUUUCGCGCAUAUUUAUGCAAUGGAGAAAUCAGAAAGUGUACAUCUGUUAUAGUCUUGAAUAAGUGUUACAUUAGUUAAUAAAUUUUGCAGAAGGCUACAAUGGAAUAGUGUCUCUCGUUAUACCGAUCGAGUUCAAACCCGACACAUUCGUGGUCGGGCUAGGUUCUUCGAUAGGCACAGUCGAGUGGGACGGACGUUCGAACAAAACGAGCCGACCUAAAUACAUGAAACUGAUUGAUGACACGCCGGGCAACAAUUUGAACGAUGGUAAAGUUGACGCUAUCGGCAGAUUGUGGAUCGGUAAGUGCCUAUAAAUUAUAAUUUAUAAUAAUAUUAAUUACAAUUCAAUACAAUUGUAUGGUAACAAAAAACACCAAAAAUCAUUGGUUUUCAAAAUACAUUUUUUUAGAUGUUCGUUAUCAAAUAGGUAUUUUUGUUCAAAAUGUCUGUAAUAUUAGGUAGUGUACGCUUUAUUUAUAGUAUAAAUAAACAAAAUGAUGAGGAUAAAUGCAAAAGUUAAAAAAAAAUGUAUGUGCCUACACGAAAAUGAGUUUAAAAUCACGCAAUUUACCGAAGUUACAGUUUAUUAGUAGUAAACACGAUUAUGAUAGUUAAAUUAAUGUUCGUUAAUGUAAGGGUCCAUGUGGUCAGAAAUGGAGGAUAAUCCGGGUAAUUUUUAAAAGAACCGGGAUCUUUGUAUUCGGUGGACCUCGACGGCACCGUCACCAAACGAUUGUCGAAUGUUCACCUUUCUAACGGAUUGACGUGGAGUUUAGACAAUAAAAAGUUAACCUAACCUAACCUAACCUUACUUCGUAGACACUUACAAGUACAUGGUUGAAGCGCACGAUUUUGACAUCGCUUCGGGAGAUCUUUGUGAGUGCAUUUUACAAGGACAAUUUAUUUAAUCAAGUAUCUUUUAUUAUCUGAUGAAAUAAUAUAAUAACUAUUUUUAUUGUAUAGCCAACCGUAAAGUGAUUUUUGAUCUAUCGGUCACCAAAAUCGAAAGCUUCCCAGACGGUAUAACUAUCAACAGAGAUGGAAAUUUAUGGUUAGCUUGUUUCAACAGUAAUCAAGAAAGUUUUCCGGUAUACACUUAUUCAUUUUCUUGGGUUUUUUUAAAUUCCUUAUAAAAACAGAAACUAUUCAAAGGUUUUUUGGGUACACAGAUCCUAAAAAUUGAUCCCAACACUGGCACACUGUUAAUGACGGUUCAAUUGCCGGCAUACCAGAUCACUUCUGUUGCCAGCGGACCGGAACUGGACCAGCUGUACAUGACCACGGGAAGUAUCUGGUUAACUGAAGAGCAAAAAUGCAAGCAACCAUAUUCUGGUGCACUGCUACGAGUCACCAAUACAGGUUCGACUGGUUUCGCUGGUGUCUCAGCCAAAUAUAACUUGUGUCCUGUAGAAAAUUGA